UCUUUUGGAUGAAAUAAUUCCCUCCGUGAGAGAAAUUCGGCUGUCUUUUUCCAGAACACAAGUCACGAGCCCCAAUGCUGGACUUGUCGUGCUUGUUCAUAAUUUAUGCCUAAAAAAUUACGUUACAAGGAUGCAGACAAGGAUAAAAAGCAAAAGAAACACAAGAAACAUAAACGAAGCAAACAUUCUCACUCGCAUUCGCAUUCCUCGUCUCGAACGGACUAUCGACCACCGACAUUAUACGAAGAGGAAGAAGGAUGGAUCCCUCCCGUGAACUCACACAAAGAUCCAGAAACCGCUGCAUGGAACGAACGUCUGUUCAGUGCCAUGGUAGACGAUGAGGGACAAGAUCCUUUUUACAGUCAAUACAAUGACUAUGGUGGAGUUGACACACCGGCCGCCGGAGGUAUGACCGAUGAAGAAUAUCGACAGUAUAUUGUCGACGGCAUGUUUCGCAGAAAGAAUGCUGAAGCGAUUGCUGCCGAGGAGAAGAGACAGGCGGCAAAAGAAAAACGGCGCCGAGAGAAGGAAGAGGCACGAAGACGAUUGGAAAAGGAACAAGAGGAACGAUUGCGAGCGCAAGCCGUGUAUGCGCAACUGGAGACGUUACGUCAGACCGAGGAAAGCAAGGUACAGUACGACCAGAAAUGGACUCAUUUGGAAUCGGCUUCUUCUGUGACGAAAAAGGACAUUCCUUGGCCUAUGGUGGGUCGAACGUUCUCUCGCGACAGUUUGCGUCGUUUUCUGGUGGAUCCUGCUCGACCAUCUUCGGAUAAUAAAAGACAUGUGCGCAAAGAACAGCUUCGAUAUCAUCCGGAUAAAUUCAUGCAUCGCAUCAUGAACAAAUUUCACGGCCCAGAAAAGGAGCGAACCCAGUUAAUUAGCAAGAUCAACGAAGUGUCUGGCUGGCUCAACGAACUGUGGUCUGAACUCAAUUCCCAAUAGACGUUAGAAAUCAGGUUGAAAUCAUUUUUGGUUUAUUCUAUAUCUGUAUCUUGAGUUCGUUGUAAAUAGAGUGGAGGUUUUGGAUUAAGAAAUAAAAGAAAGCAACAAAGAAAAAGGGAGGGAAAAAAUGUACACAUAUCAUUAUUAUCAAUCAUCCUGCACAAAGCGCCAAAUACGCACUAAACC